CAUUAGAUCUGAUCACAAGUCAAAUGAUUAAAAAAUAUAGCUUAGAAUCACAUGGUUUUUAGUGGUCUGAAUUUAGACUCAUCAUCUGACACUUUAUGCUUUUCCCUAAGUUACCAAAAUAGCUUGUUCUUGCAGCAAGAUUGUGUUUCCUAACUGUAACUGCCAUCCAUCUGAAUCCAACUGCUGUAACUUACUAAUUAUUAUUCAAAUACUUUUUGAUUAUGCCUAUAUAUAUUCGAUGAAGUUAGCAAAUAUCUCAUUCAACAACAAUACUGAAAAAUAGAACAGUGAUUCAACAAUGGAGGUACCUGUGAUUGACUUCAGUGAGCUUAAGGGGGAGAAGAGGAGUGAAACAAUGGCGCUUCUGCACAUGGCUUGCGAGAAGUGGGGCUUCUUUAUGAUCGAAAACCAUGGAAUUAAUAAGGAGCUGAUGGAGAGGGUGAAGAUGCUGAUAAAUACACACUAUGAAGAUAAUAUGAUGGACAGCUUCUAUAAUUCAGACACAGCAAAAAACCUCAACGACAAUGUGUAUAUCAAAGAAAAAGAUUGGGAAACGACCUUUUUCAUUUGGCAUCGCCCAAAUAAUUGCAUCAAUGAUCUCACCAGCCUCUCAGAGGAUUUCCGUAAAACAAUGGAUGAGUACAUCAAUGAAGUAAUCAAGCUCGCAGAAAUGCUUUCGGAGCUCAUGUGUGAGAACCUGGGAAUAGAGAAGAAACACAUGAUGGACACUUUUUCCGGAAGCAGUGGCCCUUCUGUCGGCACAAAAGUGGCAAUGUACCCUCAGUGUCCAAAUCCUGAGCUUAUCAGAGGGCUUCGGGAGCACACAGAUGCUGGUGGGAUCAUCCUCCUGCUCCAAGAUGACCAAAUUCCGGGCCUCGAAUUCUUUAAGGAUGGGAAAUGGGUGAAAAUUCCGCCUUCCAUAAACAACAGGAUAUUCAUCAACACCGGGGAUCAGGUAGAAAUAUUAAGCAAUGGAAUGUACAAGAGUGCACUACACCGAGUGAUGGCAAUGAAGGAUGGGAAAAGGCUCUCUGUUGCAACAUUCUAUAACCCUGCUGGCGAUGCCGUAAUUUCUCCAGCUUCGAAGCUUUUACUUCCCAAUCAUUUCAGCUUUGGAGAGUAUCUGAAACUCUAUAGUAAAACCAAGUUCGGAGAUAAGGGCCUCAGGUUUCAGUCUCUGAAGAACAUGGCCAAUGGACAUCGAGGUGUUCUUUCUGCUGAGAAAUGAUAUUACAUGAUAUAUGUUAUAGUAAUGUUUUUCUUGUGUGCUGUUUCUUGUUUUUCUUAAUUUCUAUUAUUAUUUUUCAUAUUCGAAGUUUAAGAGAAGCUGCCAUUACACUGCUUCCUUAACUUUUACCUUCUUCUUAAAAGCGAAUGUUCAAUUAUGUAUUACACUAAAUUUUCUAUGUUAUGAUAUGUAUUAACAUGUCAGCUUAUU